AUGCCACUCCCGAGAUCGAUUUGCGCGAUCCUGCUAGCCUUAAGCUUUCUCUUUGAUGGAGCGCGCGGAGUAACUCCAGGACGGAUAGUGAUCGGCUACCGAACCGUUGCCGAGGGGGAAGCCGAGGAUAUCAACGAGGAUAACAAGCCGUAUAGGGAAGCACUGAUCGAUGAAGCUCGCCAGAAGCUUAAUCAGCUGGGAAACGGCCUACAUAUCAGUAAAUCAAUUUCAUAUUUUGUACCACUGCAUGUGUCACGCUCUUGUUGCGCUCAAGCUGAUAGACUCUCAAUAGUGCGGGAGCCGGUUAGCUGGGAGGGCUUUCCGUGGUGGCGCAACUGGUACUGCGUCAUCGAGGCGGAUAUCAACAAGAUUGCCAAAGCGCACAAGAUAUACAUCCCCGAAUACUACCAACAGACGGACUGGGACGGCCAGCGUAGCGAUGUGGUACUGUGGCACGGAGGCGAAGACGUUAUCGUGGAUUACAUCACGCAGGGUGUGCCGAAAGACCCCGGGAAGGCGCUGCGCUUCUCGUGGAUCUCGGAUUUCGACUGGGAGCUGCAGAUGCUCAUCCCCACCGCGGUGGUAAACAACGACGAGUUGGACCUGUGGUCUGAAUGCUUCGAGACGAAGGACGAGCUGAAGGAAUACUCGAGCGAGGUUGUCGAUUGGGAGAGCUGGGGUAUCGCGGGGGAUUGUGGACUACCGAGUCUGGAAACCUUCGUUCCGUGGAUAGACGAUGUUUGA